GUACUGAUUGAGGCUAUGGUUUCCAGGGAGAGGCACGGCUACAUCGCCUUAGAUGACAUCAUGGUGCUCAACUAUCCCUGCUAUAAAGCGCCGCACUUCUCCAGGCUCGGAGAUGAGGAGGUCAAUGCGGGCCAGAAUGCUACCUUCCAAUGUGUUGCUGCUGGAAGAGCUUCAGAGGCGGAGAAGUUCCUGCUGGAGAGACACAAUGGGGACAUUUUAACGGCAGCGUCCGUCAAGCACUUGAGUCACUGGCGCUUUGUGGUAUCCUUCCAGCUAGACAGCGUCCAGCGAACAGAUCAAGACCUUUACCGCUGUGUCACUCAGUCCCCCAGGGGCUCCGGGGUCUCAAACUUUGCUGAACUCGUAGUCAAAGUACCUCCGUCCCCCAUCGCGCCGCCACAGCUGCUGCGUGCCGGCUCCACUUACCUGAUCAUCCAGCUCAACACCAACUCUAUCCUGGGAGAUGGCCCCAUUAUCAGGAAGGAGAUUGAGUACCGCGCCAGCCAGUCUCCAUGGUCAGAGGUGCACGGAGUCAACAUGGUCACCUAUAAGCUGUGGCAUCUGGAUCCAGACACGGAGUACCACAUCAGUGUGCUGUUGACUCGACCUGGGGAGGGAGGAACCGGACCACCUGGACCACCACUUGUGAGCAGGACCAAGUGUGCAGAGCCGAUGCGUGCAUUGCGGGGCCUCACAGCGACAGACAUCCAGCCCAGGCAGCUGUCCCUGCAAUGGGAGAAUUUGGCGUUCAACCUGACACGCUGCCACACCUACUCAGUAUCCCUGUGCUACCGCUACACCACGGCAGGAGGCGGCGGAGGCCAUAACACCACGGUGCGGGAAUGCCUGGCAGUGGAACACAACGCCUCACGCUUCACGCUGCGUGAUCUGCCACCCUACCACGGCAUCUAUGUCCGUCUGUCACUGGCCAACCCGGAGGGGAAGAAAGAGGGCAGGGAGGUCACCUUCCAGACAGAGGAGGACAUUCCCGGAGGCAUUGCACCAGAGUCACUCACCUUCACCCCGCUGGAUGACAUGAUCUUCCUGAAAUGGGAGGAGCCCGUUGAGCCCAAUGGCCUCAUUACACAAUAUGAGAUCAGUUACCAGAGUAUCGAGUCAUCUGAUCCAGGUAUCAACGUCCCAGGCCCGAGAAGAACCGUGUCGAAGCUGAAGAACGAGACCUACCACAUGUUCUCCAACCUGCACCCUGGAACUACUUACCUGAUCUCCGUCCGAGCCCGUACGGCUAAGGGCUUUGGCCAGACGGCCCUCACGGAAAUUACCACCAACAUCUCAGCUCCCACAUUUGAUUAUGGAGACAUGCCUUCCCCCCUGAGUGAGACAGAGAGCACCAUUACUGUGCUGCUUCGCCCUGCCCAGGGCAGAGGGGCACCCGUCAGUACAUACCAGGUGGUGGUUGAAGAGGAGACAGGGAAGAAAGUGAAGAGAGAGCUGGGGCUUCAGGAGUGUUUCCCACUGCCACUGUCUCACGGUGAUGCGCAGGCUCGAGGCACUCCGCACUAUUACACGGCCGAGCUGCCACCCAGCAGCCUCCCCGAGGCCAGUCCCUUCACCGUGGGCGACAACAUCACUUACAACGGCUACUGGAACAGCCCUCUGGACCCUCGGAAAAGCUACCUUGUCUACUUCCAGGCUAUGAGCAACUUCAGAGGGGAAUCCAGAAUAAAUUGCAUCCGCAUUGCUCGCAAAGCGGCCUGCAAAGAUCACCGUAAGGCUCUGGAGGUGUCCCAACACUCUGAGGAGAUGGGUCUGAUUCUCGGGGUGUGUGCCGGCGGACUGAUAGUCCUCAUCCUCCUGCUGGGUGCCGUCAUCAUCAUCAUUAAGAAAGGAAGGGACUACUACUCUUAUUAUCCGAAACAAGUGAACAUGAAUAAGACACCCAUUACCUAUCGGCAGGAGAAGAGCCAUUUGGGCUCCAUGGAGCGCAGUUUCACAGACCAGAGCACCCUACAGGAGGAUGAAAGAAUGGCUCUUUCCUUCAUGGAUGCUCACACCUGUGGCACACGAAGUGACGCUCGUAGUUCAGUGAAUGAGGCCAGCAGCCUGCUGGGAGGCUCCCCAAGGCACCAGUGUGGACGUAAAGGCUCGCCCUACCACACAGGACAGCUUCACCCUGCCGUGCGAGUGGCUGACCUUCUCCAGCACAUCAACCAGAUGAAGACCGCUGAGGGUUACGGCUUCAAGCAGGAGUAUGAGAGUUUCUUCGAUGGCUGGGACUGCACAAAGAAGAAGGACAAAACCAAAGGGAGGAAUGAUACCUUGUUAGGAUAUGACCGCCACAGAGUCAAGCUCCACCCUCUCCUGGGAGACCCCAACUCGGACUACAUCAAUGCUAACUACAUUGACGGCUACCAUCGAUCCAACCACUUCAUCGCCACUCAGGGACCCAAGCAGGAGACUCUGUAUGACUUCUGGAGGAUGGUGUGGCAGGAAAAUUGUUUCAGCAUCGUCAUGAUCACUAAGCUGGUGGAGGUUGGCAGGGUGAAGUGCUGUAAAUACUGGCCUGAUGACAGUGAGAUGUACGGCGACAUCAAAAUCACUUUGCUGAAGACAGAAACGCUGGCUGAAUACACAGUUCGCACCUUCGCCUUGGAGAGGAGAGGAUACUCAACCAAGCACGAGGUGCGUCAGUUCCACUUCACAUCGUGGCCUGAGCACGGUGUGCCCUAUCACGCCACGGGACUGUUGGCCUUUAUACGAAGAGUGAAAGCUUCUACACCUCCUGACGCUGGCCCUGUUGUGGUCCACUGCAGUGUGGGGGCGGGCCGCACCGGCUGCUACAUCGUGCUUGAUGUCAUGCUGGACAUGGCCGAAUGUGAAGGCGUGGUGGAUAUCUACAACUGUGUGAAAACCCUCUGCUCCCGACGCAUCAAUAUGAUCCAGACAGAGGAGCAGUAUAUCUUCAUCCACGAUGCCAUUCUGGAGGCAUGUCUGUGCGGAGAGACGGCCAUCUUGGUGAACGAGUUUGCAGUCACUUACAAAGAGAUGCUGCGAGUGGAUUCCCAGAGUAAUUCCUCUCAGCUGCGGGAGGAGUUUCAGACCCUCAACUCUGUGACCCCCCACCUGGAUGUGGAAGAGUGCAGCAUUGCUCUGUUGCCCAGAAACCGAGAGAAGAACCGCAGCAUGGAUGUGCUGCCACCUGACCGCGCCCUGGCCUUCCUGGUUACAACAGAAGGGGAAAGCAACAAUUACAUCAAUGCUGCUCUCGCCGACAGCUUCCACCGGCAGGCUGCCUUCAUUGUGACCCCUCACCCUCUGCCCGGCACCACGGCGGACUUCUGGAGGUUGGUCUUUGACUACGGCUGCACAGCCGUGGUCAUGCUCAACCAGCUCAACCAGUCCAACUCUGCCUGGCCUUGUGUUCAGUACUGGCCAGAACCCGGUUUGCAGCAGUACGGGCCCAUGGAGGUGGAGUUUCUGUCCAUGUCAGCAGACGAGGAUGUCAUUACUCGUCUGUUCCGGGUCAAGAACGUAACAAGGCUCCAAGAGGGCCAGCUGGUGGUGUGUCAGUUCCAGUUCCUGCGUUGGUCGGCGUAUCGUGAUGUUCCAGAUUCCAAGAAGGCUUUCCUCAACCUGCUGGCGCAAGUGCACAAGUGGCAGAGGGAAUGUGGAGAAGGACGCACUGUGGUCCACUGCCUUAAUGGCGGCGGUCGCAGCGGCUCCUUCUGUGCCAGCAACAUUCUGCUAGAGAUGAUCCAGUACCAGAACAUGGUGGACAUCUUCUACGCUGUCAAAACUCUACGCAACUGCAAACCCAACAUGGUGGAGUCUCUGGACCAGUAUCGAUUCUGCUAUGACCUUGUCCUGGAGUACUUGGACUGCUUUGAUGAUAGAUAGCAACUAAAUGUUUACCAGAGCGGCAGUAUUCCACGCGCUGCAGAUUCGAUUUUGAUGCCACCCGGUGACCCCUCUAGUUUAAUGUUUGGACCUGCAGACUCGGCAUUGAAAGGAGUGCAAAAGAAGGCGAGGAAAAAGAAAACGUGGUCUUGGUUUUAACUGCAACCUUUAAUGUACAGCUGUGAUUUCCUCCAUGUCGGUGAUGUUUAUCUAUUUGGAUAUUUUUUGUGCUUUUGUUGGUCCUCUUUGCCUCUGGACUUCAGCGCUUUUGUGCUAAGGGUUUCAGUAGCAGCAAAACAAUACUGCGGGUUACGAAGUGGACCUGUCUAUUCUGAGGAGGGGGCACGUUUGGCAACAGGAAAGCAAUUGGAUGAAAGACCAGACUUUUAACAGGAUUAUCAAAAGGUGGAAGAGUUCCCCUCACUCUUAAGAGCUACAUACAACAGCAGUAUACUGUGGUUGUGGCAUGACUUACCUACCAUACCAUAAACUGCCUUAUAUUUGAUGCUAGGACAGAUUUAUUCAAACCACUGAAUACAUCCAGAAGGUUUUACUGGUGUAAAAACAGCAACAGGGGAAUUUUAAGAUGCCACCUGUAGGAUUAAGACGAAGCGCAGUCCUGAACAGUAUCGAUGCAGAAACUGUACAGUUGUGAAAUGUGUUGUAUUUUGCCAUAAUGUCUGUGCUGGAUAACCAUGUGUGCUAUAGGUGGACGAUUCCAGGGACCACAGCUCCGGGGGCCCCGAGCCACCACUGGAGAUUCCUUUUCCAUUACUGUCACAGUGCCAAUCCCACUGACUGAUUUGAAUCCUCUGAUUGCUUUGUUCUUGAUAUAUGCCUGCAAACAUUCAGUAUUUCCCACGCUCUGAAGUGAUUGUAUUGUUUACCAAGCGAGAACGAAAAAGAAAAGAGCCGAUAUAGAAAUAUACUGAGCUGCCAUAGGUGUGUGUUCCAUCAGUGCUGUGGUGAAGUGUCUACACCAGUGCUACAUCACAGAUUUGAGUCCGUCAUUUCGUUUAACCUUUCAUUGUCCGAGGCAUUUAGUUGAACUGUAAACGUGUCAACACAAGGUGAACAAGUUGUCUGAACCCUUUAGGGAUUUUACGUAUGUUUAAAAAAAAAUGGGCAUUAACAUUAUGUAGAGGAGAACAUGCUACAUUGAGUCGCCGCUCACCCCUGAAUAUCUGUGAAGAUCUCACAUGUGAUCCUCUUUAGUCUCUUAAAACAGAAAAGUAUUUGAAAAAGGAGGUUUGGUGAGAAACAGUUGCCCUCAGAACCUAUUGUUUAAAAAUCACUGACAAAUAAAACCCCCAAAAAUCCCAAAUCCAGCAGGUCUGCAUAUGUGAUACCCAUAAUGAUCUGAGUCCGAUUUAAACCCUCAUCUGAAAAGAAACUUGACACACAAAUUCACUUGUUUUUACUUCAAAGACUAGAAAAUAAUAUUCCUACACACCAUGAUUAACCUUUAAAACCUGUUAUUCUCCACUGCGUCUCCUGACACUCCUCAAAGUGCAGGUUUUGAAAGAGGGCGUCUCUCCAGGACCUGCCCUAAUAAACAAGGAGAGAUACCUUGAAGCCCACUCACUCUAAGAAGAGGCAGCUAGGUGAACUCUGCUGCUAGUUUUGCAGCUCACGCUCUGGUUCAGGUGGGGAAAUAUGAGAGGAAUCUUUAACAGUAUGCCGAAGUCAGCAAGGCUCCCACAGGUUCACUGAUAGAGCAGCUCGUUCCUGAUGAGGAUGAAGUCAUGAGGAAGCCGAAGUGAAGUCAGUGAUCUAACUCAGGAUCACUGGAGGAAGUGCCUGGACACUUUUUCUAGAGGGUAGAAGGAUUGUGUACAUACAGAUGUAUAUUAUGUUCUGUGAAUACUUUGUGAAUAAUAUACUAUAUGUUUGCCGAGAGUAAAGACGUACAGUAAGUAACCACUACAUAACCACCAAGGUGAAUGUGCUGUAAAUGAACAUUUUGUGAGUUUUAUUGCCAGAAAUUUUAACAACAGUCUGAGUAAAACACAUCUGUUAAAGCAUGUAUGAAUCCAUUACAUUUCAUGACGUUUGUUUCACAAUAUUCAAAUCCACUUCUUUUAUUUAAGCCGCAGUGUUUAACAGCAGCCACAACUGUGUGAUUGCAUUGUUCUUUAACCAUUCCAAAGCUUUUUAUUCUCUCUGAAAGUCCUGUAGAUUUCACUUGUGCGUCUCCGUAUGAACUGACAGAAAAUGACUACUGUGUUUUUGAUCAUUGUAUUUGUGAGGGAAAGGUGUGUAUUUAAUGAGAAACAGAUGGAGAAGACAUGUAUUUUGGGGUCAGGAUGGGGGUUCAUUCCAAUGAAUAACAAUAAAAGAACAAGGGGGGAAAAAAAGGA